AUGUACAUGGAGAACCUCGCCCGGCUGCAGAGGGCUUUCGCCAGGAAGUGGGAAUUUAUCUUCAUGCAAGCUGAGGCUCAAGUCAAGAUUGACAGGAAGAAGGACAAGGCAGAGAGGAAAAUCCUGGACAGCCAGGAGAGGGCAUUCUGGGAUGUCCAUCGGCCAGUGCCAGGCUGUGUCAACACGACAGAGAUGGACAUCCGCAAGUGCCGGAGAGAGAAGAACCCACACAGGGUAAAAAAGUCGGUCUACGGGGUUCCAGAUGACGGCCAGAGCCAGCCGAGUCCGGUCCACAUCAGCUCCCAGCCGAGCAGGAAGCCCACCAAAGAGGACGUUCAGAAGGAGAUUUCCUUCUUGAACAUCCAGCUGGACAGACACUGUAUGAAGGUUUCCAAAGUGGCCGACAGUCUGAUGAGCUACACGGAGCAGUUCAUGGAAUAUGACCCCUUCGUGUCGGCCACGGAGCCUUCAAACCCCUGGAUCGGUGACGACUCGUCCUACUGGGACCUGGAGGCGAGUCGUGACCCCAACCAGCAGCGUGUGAAGAAAUGGGGCUUUUCUCUAGAGGAGGCGCUGAAAGAUCCAGCAGGACGAGACCAGUUCCUGAAGUUCCUCGAGUCAGAGUUCAGCUCAGAGAACCUGCG